ACAGGUGGGUAAAAUGAAGCACAAAGGCAUGCAGACUGUUUCUACAAACAUCAGUGAAAGCAUGGGUCGCCCUCAGGAGCUCAGUGGAUUCCAGCGUGGGACUGUGAUAGGCAGAGGUGUCCAAAGGAUUCCCAUUCAUUACUCAGGUAGUAGAGCUGCAGAGCAUCAUGGCAUUCACCAGUAACUGGACCUACAGCCAUGGCUAGAGAAUUGUGAAGAAGGCGCCCGGUCAGCAGCUCCAGGAAAAAGAACUUAUCUGCAUGGAAAUACUGAAGAGAAACAGAAAACAGGAGCUUGAAUUGACUGAACUUGAAGUGGAAUAAAUGGAUUACCCUCCUUUUGGAAAGUUGUUGCCAUGGAAGUAGGUAGAAUCAAAUGAUGGUUGAGAGAAAAAAACAGAGGUAAGACGGCAACACGGUGAAGAUACGGAGGAGCUCCAGGAAGAAGAAGAAAGAAGAAUCACUAAGCAGGGACCAAAGACUUCUUACAGUCCUAAUGAAUGCAAGCAGGAGCAGGAAACUACAUUUGAAGGGGAAUGACCGAGAAGAAGAACGUCUCGAAAAGUAUUACACUUCAAGAGCUGAUGAGAAUAUCAAUGGAGUGUUCGCCUCUGGGAGUGUUCAGUGAGGGUCCGUAUUCAGACCUCUUGAUUCCAGUUCCUGCAGUUUUUGCCUCACACAGGUGUGAGUCGGGUCCCGGUAAACAAGCGGAUGAACUGAAGGAUUGUUGUGACCAAACACAGCCUCAAUGCUUUUAUUGAGAUCUCUUCUUUUUUUGCACAAGAUGCUCUCGGAUCAGUACGUACUCUAAUCCUGACAUGGCUCUGUUUGCUUGAGCUGUUCAGUGUACAUGUAAAGACAGUUGAGGCUGAACAUUUCACACGGGGAUGUUACAGUCGUCUGUGAUAUCAUCGCCUGCUCAGUGCCAAAACUGCUCCAGCUUCGUUGAAAGGACUCUUUUUUCUGCAGUAGAAACCUGCUGCUUCUUCUUCUUCUUCGUCACACAUCUUUUUGUUUUUUGAAAAUCCCAUUUUGUAAGUGAACCUUUUUUUAAGAAGUGAUAACCACGCUGACAUCACAUUGAAGAUUUUUACCAUUUGGCUUUUUCAUAUAUUGAUAAGAUCAUCCGCUGCUAAACCUCCCUGCUCACUUUCUGCUCUCAUCUGUGAUAUACAAUCUCCAGCUUGAAGUCUUUCUUGGAUUUUGAAAGCAUUUCCCUGCUUCACUGCCAGGCCAUAGACUCUCUUUUUGACGUAUAUAGUUACUGCCAUAAGCCUUCCAGUUUUGGAUCAGAAGCAUUCCCACGUAUAGACGCUGACAGGUAUUUUCAGUUUGAACCGAAACUUGGACAAACAAUGCAGAAUUUUUCAAACAGUCCGGCUCCACCCUCUCUCCCCCCGGGGUUCAGUGGGAGGGGUGGAGGGGGACCUCUGUAUCCCCCUCAGCCAGCAGAACCUCAGAUCUCUCCAAGGAUGACCGAUGAUUACGCAGGACUGCAACAGCAGAGCCUGCACAGAGGCCAUCACCUCCCCGGUCAAGCCAGCCACAUGCUCGCCUACAGUGCUAGAAACAGAGGAGCUGUGGAGCCGGCGCCAACACAGGGGAACAUUCACAGCGGCAACACGAGCAACCCUUACAGGAAGGACGUCAUGGAUUACUAUUUUUCAAUGGGGGCAAAGGACCGGCACAGAAGAGGGGGCAUGGGCUAUGCUGCAGGAUUUGGGUACCCUACAAUGGAUGGACAUAUACCUCACCAGUACCGACAUGCCGGAUCUGCCUCUGCACCAUCAUCCGGCAUGAUGUCAUAUCCAGUAGACUAUGGCACCAGUGCUGGUUCAGGUGGAGGUGCUGGUGCCGGAGCGUUUUCUCCCUCUCAUCAGUACAACAUGAGUCAGAACCCUGCGUUGCAGUCCGUGCAGGGUGCUCAGUUGCAGCACCGCCAGCAUGGCCAAACCUUCCCGGCUGUCCUCCAUGGGCAGCAGCAGAGAAGCUAUCCACACACUGGGCACAGAAUGACCCCCCAGUACCCACACUACUCUCCACAGGGUGGUGCAGCCACAGGGUCAUCAGGAAUGUACAGCCCCCCUCCACAAAGAUAUCUUGACGGGGCUGCCGGCGCUGGGUUCGAUCCCAAAGUCAGCAGUUCUCCCAGUGUCAACUCCAGUUCAAACUCAGCCUCCAGUUCAGUUGCUGCUAACAAUGUGGGGCAAAUGGAGAAUGUUCAACAGGGUUACCACGCUUCGAAUUAUCCCGGAUAUCCCCCACAGACGCACUCGCUUCACAAGCAAGCCACACUACAGCAUCGCAACUCACAGCACAAUUUAGGGGUAGGUUACGACAACUCUCUCAAGAUGCAGCACCAGGGCCCGUCUCCAGGAUCUGUUUAUGCGAAACAUCUUCAAGCCUCCAAUCCCAGUAUACCUCAAGCAGCAUCUCAAGAAAUAGCCAAAUCCCCGAUGCACCCAAACGCCCAACAAACCCAAAUCAACCAAAACUUUAGCCCCAUAUCAAACCCCUCUCCUGUGGCCUCUGCAGUACAUUCCCCCAGUUGUAGCUCAUCUCCUUCUCCUCUGAUGGGGGUCUCGGAGGCACAUGGAAACCCCUCGGGCCAUGGUCCUUCACACCCUCAGACACCAAAUCCCCGUAGCAGCCAUGGUCAAGGUAGAUUACUGCAGACCAUGCCUCAAUUAAGUCCCACGCCUAAUUCAAAUAGCAGCAUCAGUAGCUGUGGUAGCAGUGGCAGUCAUAAGGCUCACAGCAUGAGUGCAGUUGGAGGAGGCGGUCUUCCCCCAACAGGUCGCAACAAAAUGGGGCUAGGGGCAGGUAUUGGGUCUCGAGAGGAGAGCUCCUCUAUUUAUUCAGCCUCUCCACUUGAUAAAAUGCAGGAUUCAGGCCUGAGUAGUCUUAAUGCCUUGAGCUCACAAGUAGCCAAUUUACCAAACACAGUGCAGCACAUGCUCCUCACUGACACCGUGCUCUCGCAGAAGAAGGGGAAAGACGGGGGGCACAUGCAGCAGGCGACACACGGCAUGCCCCCGUCGCAGCCGAGGAGUCGAAACGUGAGUGCAGCCUCGAGUACCAGCACGGUGAAAGAUGGAUGCGCUGUGGGGAUCGGUGAUGCCGCCAGCCUAGAUACCGGUGCUGAUGAAGACUCUUCACUGAUGUCGGUUGGAGCUUCAUCAAGCACCAAAGUGGAGCGUGAGGAGCAGUUUUCUGAGGGGGAGCAUGCGAGAGUGAGGCAGAUGAGCGGUGCAAGCAGUGGAUCUGAACCUACUGGCUAUCAAACAGGACAAGCAUCAAAAACCGUCACCAUUGAUUUGUUGUCAAAAGAACCAAAAGCUUCUGAAACUAAAACAAACGAAGCUUCCUUGUUAUCAUCUCCAUCAGAUACUGGCCCCAAAUCACAUCCAGCACCUCCAGCUUCCUCAAGUAUUGUUCCUCCACAGCCAAACUGUGUCUCAGAGCCCGGUUUAGCUUAUAAUGACCGCAGAGGAGGUGGCCAUAGGAAGGCAACCGAAAUCAAUGAAAGUGAAGAUGGGAAAACAGAGAAAAGCAUUAGUCAAAUGCAACAAGAUGCAGAUGGAGAAGUAAAUACACAAAACGGUCAGGCCAAAGAAAAUAGGUUGCACACUGCCUCCAGAUUACACAAUAAUGAGAAUGAAGAAAAGCUCACGUCUGAGGAUCAGCAGAGUGUCAGUGGUGUCGGUGUGAUUGUUUCAGCUCGGUCUGACGGAAGUCUCUCGGAUAAAAACAAGCGUCCCCAAGACAACUGUGUGGAUGAAAAACAGCCACAUAUGUACUUCAGAGAGUCAAGCCGUCACAAUGGAGAGGAAGGUAUGGAUCUCAGUUUGUAUUCCUCCCUUCACCAGAAAUCAAAUUUUGGACGGACUCAAAAUCCUCCACAGUCUGGGACGCACAAAUACGGCCACCCAGAAUCAACAUAUGGCUCAGAUUUGUCAAUGAGGAACAGAGGAAGGGCUGGAAUGGAAUCAAAUUCCAGAUACUUGGGGUACCAACAAACACAAACUGGUUAUGGCUCUGUGCAGCAAAAAGAGACCGGCCCUGCAGCAGAGGCUUUGGUGAAGAGAGGCCAAGGAACGGGGGCUAAAGGUCACGAGGAGAACUCCCAAAUGCAGCAGUUUCCGAGCCUUUUACAAGAAGUUCUCCAAGGUUACAACUUAGAUAGACGCUACAGCCGACCGGAGCAGGCAUUUCCUGCACAUCUGCAGGUCCAGCAACAGUUUCAAAGCAGACACCCGUACGCCAUGACUGAAGCUAUGAGGAUGCAAAGUGGAGUUAGUGAAGUUUCAGCUCUUUCUGCUCAAAUGGGAAGCUCUGGAAAGCAACCCCAUCCAAACCAGAGGCCUGGAAAUGAGCCAGAUUUUCCUACAGAUCCUCAGUCAUCAGUAAAAUCAGAAGCGUCCAACACUAAGAUGUUGCUAAAUGCUGAAAAAGCUGAAGUGGGUGUAUCCCAGAGCCAUUUACCACAAGCUGCAGAGUCUCAGCCACCUCCAACGAAACACAUCAACUUAGCCGACUAUUCUCUACCACAGAGGAAAGCUUCAUCCAACGUGUCCACUUCAUCCUCCGCUGUGCAGGAACUCCUUUUGCAGGAGCCAGAGCCAUUAUCAGGAAGCAUUGGUCAAACUGAGGCUCAGAAAUCAUCAGGCUCCAUAUUAGCCCCAUCAGAGCGGCGCUCGGUUAUUUGUGAUGUGUCGCCAAACCGACGCAGCACGCCAGAGAGGGACAGAGAAAGUGACAGAGAGAGGGAGAAAAGUCAGAGUGGAGCCUCUGUGAUACAACAACCAUUUUCCUCUCCAGCAGCAGCAGCAGCCAAUGAUCUGAGUAAAAAGGAUAUUGGGGAGAAACUAGGGGUGAAAAUGGAAACGGCAUCAAAAGAGGCUUGCGCAGACUCUGCAAAUUUACAAACUGACCAUCAUGGCGGCGGCGGCGGUGGAGCUAAUGAGGCAGAUAUGGAGUAUCAUUCCAAGUCUGCUCACUCAUCUAGUGUAAUUAAUGCUGACCCCUACAGGCGAGGAAGUGCUGAUAUGACACCGCUGCCUUCUCAUCCUAUAAGCACUAAUCCUUUAUCUUCACCUCCGAGACAUCAGUCCUAUCUUCAUGGUGUUGAUUUAUCAACCGGCGGUGGAAGCAGUUUUCCUGGAUAUCGCUAUGGAGAUACAAGAGAAGGGAAUAUGAUGCCGCGCAGCAACCCCCAUUUCCCCUCCCACCAUCCGUACCACAGUUUAUCCCCCCAGACUCAAUCCCCAAAUAAGCUUCAAAUGUAUCCUCACCCUCGCGGGCCCCCUCAUCACCCCCAUGACAUGAGCGACUGGGUAAAAGUGAUGAACAGGCCAUCAAAGGAGAUGAUGAUGCAGCCUGGUUCGUCACCAGGGCGACAUAAGGGCAGCCAAUCGGAGCAGAGGCCGAGGAUGAUCUCCCAAACUGACAUGCCGGGUGAACCACACGCGAAAUCUUCACUCCAUCAUCAAAGUGCGUUCUUUGAUUUGAAAAUGUGGGAGGCCACACACCCGGGAAGAGAAGGCAGCAGAAUGAUAGAGGGGGACUCCUACUUCAGAGCACUGCCCCCUCCUCCUCCUGCUCCUGCUCCAGCUCCGGUAGCUUCUCACGGCCUCAUUCCUCCACAAAUGACUCUCGGCCCAAAUGCUGCUGAACCUGAGGCCUCCAGAGGCGCUGUAGAAGAAGCCAAACACCCCUGCCCAGCCCCUCCUCCGAGCUCAGCUAAGCUUUUAGCCGACAUGAACUCCACUCAGCCGAAAGUGCAGCGUCAAACUAAAACUGGGGCUUCAGGAGACACAAAUCCGUUAAUGUUGCGAAGGAGAGUCCGUUCUUUUAUCUCUCCCAUUCCCGCCAAAAGGCAACUCCAGGAUUCGUCUCAGCCGAGGGCUGCCACAAACUCGCAUCACUCCCCCGUGGCUCAGACUGAGUCUAUCCAUCACAACGAAGAUGACUCCACGAGUUCGGAUGUCCCGUGUCCUCGGCUUUCUUCCCCUCUUCUCGGAGAGAGCUCCUUUUCACAACCUCUGUCUCCAACAAGUGGUAGCUCCAAGGCUGUGCCUCCAAGGAAAGGCAGAGGUUUGAAACUGGAGGCAAUAGUGCAGAAAAUCACUCCAAAUAUUAAAAAGCCAGCAGGCCACGCUGAUGAUGACUCAAAUCAUUACCCUGGUUUCUCUCACUCAGAAAUACCAGGGUUUAAUGAUUCACAGGACCAAGACUUAGCACAUUUCCCCAGAGUAGCAGGAGGGGAUGAUAGUUAUAUGGAUGAAAGUCACUCAUUAAACGAUAUGAUUACUUUCAAAGGAGUUGACGACACCGGGCCUUUACCUCUGUCUGCCUUCCCCUGUGACGCCCAUCAGACGUCCCAAGCCUUGAAACAACAAGACUUCGACUUUGGAUUAGGAGCAGCUGUGGCAUCAGCGUCAGGCGACAAGGAGGACUUUGCUCUGCUUGGACCUCUACCCCCUGCUCCUCCUCUUCCACGCCCAGUCCAGGAUUCUCCUCCUCCAUCUUCAUCUGCUCUGUCAGACAUUCAGCAUUUUACAAACACUUACCAGCAGCUCGAGACACGUCGAGGAGAGCAGUCUGCUGCUAAUCUACUCCGGCAGAAACUUCAAGAAUCUGGCAUAGGAUUUGACGAUUAUCGCAGCGACUACUACGGCAACACCCCGCCCCACCACAGCCAGACUCAAGGACACAUGCUGGGUAGACAGCAUCAGAUGUCCUCUGGUAGGUCCAGCCUGUCGCCGCAAGAUUCAAAGUCAUCAGACAGUCUUGUGCCUAAAGGCUAUUUCCCAUCUGGCAAGAAGAAGGGCCGGCCCGUAGGGAGCGUGAACAAACAGAAACGGGCCCAGAACCCAGCCCAAGCACAGGCGUCGGGCCAGUCUCAAGCCACAGCUCAAAACACAACUCCUUGUGUUCUCCCGGCUCCUCUGACUCCAACUUCAGCUUCUACAACCCCUCCUUCAGUGCAUGCUAUGAGCACAUCCCUACCUGUUGUCCCUCCUCUGAUAGACAUCGAAAAACACUCCCCCGCUUGCACCACUGUUCUAACCCAGGUAGUGAAAGUGGACGUCGAGAGCGAGGACACGCAGCCAGAAAUCGAGGUCAAACCCGCGAGGAGGAGACGCAAAGGUGUGAAAGAUGAAGAUGACCCGCUGGAGGAAAGAGGUCGACAGAGGAGGAGGAGGAGGAGAGGAGCAACGGCGGCGGCGGCGGCGUCGACCAUCCGCGGCUAAAGACGACUCGGACACAUUAUAGGGCCCGGAGGAACUUUGGCGCAACAGAGGUGUUGCUGAUCCAACAGAAAGGGCGUGUUUAUUCCGCACAUACCUGUGGAGAAAAAAGUCCCAGAGAUCGGGGCAGUGUGCACCAUCGUAAACGGAGAGGAGAAGAUGAAAGGAGAGCGUAGUGCAGUCGGAGGGAAAGCGGCGGGAGCGGAAUUGAUUCUUCUCCUGACCUCGGCUCUUUCCUCUCAGUUAUCUCGGAGAGACAGGGAGACGGAGAAAAGAGAUUCAGACGAGGUGGAAACCACACUUCAGUCAGGAAAAGCCCUCCCUUCAUCUGGCUAUGUUUUUCAGGCCCUGUGAUUACGGAGGACCAAUCACUCCGGCCGUCUGCUUUGCUGCCUGUGUCAGAAAUGGGCAAAUUACAAACACCUCGGAGAUCUCUACGGGCCCUUCUAUCCAGCUGAAUAUGCAGCGAAGCUUCCCAAGAACCAGCCCCAGGUCAGACAAUGUCUAGCAACCACAGGAACAAACAAAGCAGGCCCAAUUCAGACAUAAGCUCCACUCUUUGAGCUCUUCCAAGACACACAAACACAAGAUGCUCAGUUCCCAAGCCUUUCAACCGAGAGUUACUAUUCCAUGGGCCUCGAUCCAAACCGUCAGGUUUUCAGCUGCAUAAGAACGGCCUCUAUGGCUGGUAGAGAGGAACACACAAUGAUGCAUAUGCCUUGGUGUGCCCCAACCACCAGUAGAGAAACGACUCUCACCUGGGACAUGAACCUGGAUAAGCCCAUACCUGAGCUAAAGAGAGAGCCGGACCUCGAGAUGGACCUAGCAACAGAUCGCAGAUUUCAAAAACAGCUGCCGGUGCCGCAAGGCCCGCAGCCAUUAGACGAAGCUCAACAGCGACCUCAACACAGAAAGCUGACCUCACACCCACGCUUUAAGAGGAGGCACAAAUCCAGCGAGGGACUCCCCCAGGUGGUGCCAUCCAACAGCAAGGCGUCCCUGCCGUUCCAGCCCCCUCCCCCUGCGCUGGACUUUGGACCCCUGGCACAGCUCGCACAGAUCCACAUCCCCGACCCAGACCGGGUCCAGUGUGGGGAUGGAUCUCUGCUGAUCUCUGAUGAGGUCUGUGAUGUUGAGCUAAAGGUUAGCUCACCUGCUGCUCCUCACAGAGGCUGUUACAACAGUCAGCUGAUCCCCAUCUGGCUCUUCCCUCCACGGCAGCAGAGGGGGGGGACGCAUGAGGAUGGAGCUGCUGCUGCCAGGAACACAGCAAUCUGCUGA